CGUCUCCUGGCAUCCGCGUCCGGCAGGCCACCACCUUGCUCCUGCGGUCCCGCCGCCGCUGCAAUGGCUGCGGCGGCCUCGCCGGCAGCGUGCGCUCGGGCGUCGGCGUCCGGCCCCCGCGCGGGGGCCCGCCUCGCCGUCCGCACCGCCGCCCUACCGGCGGACGGGCGCGGCGACGGCGCCGCCUCUUACAAGGAGCUCGGUCUGUACUCCUUGAAAAAGAGGAUUGAAGAUGCAGUUGUCCGGGUUGAAACCACCGCAUCCAGUGCUCUGGAGUUGGAGGAAGCACGGAGAAUUAAGCAGGAAGAAGUACUGCGGAAGCGUAACUUGUGGGAUAAUCCAGCCAAGUCACAUGAGACGCUCUCUGCUCUGGCGGAUGCCAUCAGGGUGGUCGACCAUCUAAAAGAUCUUUGCUUCAAGGCUGAAGAGGCAAAGUUGAUAAGUCAACUAUCAGAGAUGGAUGUCAUAAAUGGUGAGCUAUUUAAGCAAGCAUACAAAUCUUCUGUAGAUGCUAGCGAGUACCUAGAUCGCUACCAGAUGUACAAGCUUCUUAAGGGUCCAUACGACAAGGAGGGAGCUUGUAUUAUUGUUACUGCAGUAUCAGACGGUGUUGCUUCUGAGUUAUGGGCAGCGAAGGUCUUUGGUAUGUAUACAAGUUGGGCACGGAAGCAAGGUUGCAAGGUUGGAUUGAUUGAGAAGAUUUCUUCAAUGAGUGGCCAUGUCUGGUCUUCAGCGAUGGAAAUUGAAUCAGAGUACAUGUUUGGCCUCCUUUCUGGAGAAAAAGGAAUGCAUCGAAUGACACACUCUUCCCUUGAAAAUUCUGAUAAAUAUCAGGCCUUAUCAGCUAGAGUCGACGUAAUUCCCCUGUUCUUGGAUAGACCAGUUAAUCUUCACUUGGAUGACAAUGGUAUAGAGAUCGUUCCCUCACCUUCUGAAUAUAAGAAGCGAGAUAGCAGAAACUGUGCUGCUGUCAGGGUUCUACACAAACCCAGUGGAGUCACUGCUGAAAGUUCAGGAGAGAGAAGCUAUUUUGCAAACAAGCUAAAAGCUACGAGUAGGUUGAAAGCAAAGCUCCUUUUAAUAGCUAGAGAAUUGGGAGUAUCAGACAUGAAGACGGUCAACAAACAAGCUAUAGAGGAUAGGUGCAACCGUGAAACGCGAAGGUACACAUUUGGGCCUCAGAAGUUGGUCCAUGAUCUCAACACAGGCAUUCAGUUAUCAGAUUUGAACUUGGUUAUGGAAGGUGAAAUAGAACCAUUCAUCAGAGGCCGUAUUAUCGCCAGACAAUGAUGAUACAACUCACCAAUUGAUUGAUUGUGCCCCCUCAUUGUGAUCUUGUACAUUUAUUUCUGUCCUUAUACAGACCACACCACAUCAAAAGAUGACCUUUGUAAAAUAUAUAACAUUUCAAGCCAAAAGGCAUGACACCUGGCAUACAAACAUUAAGUUCUUAGCACCAUCUCCUCCGCUCCAUUA